UAAUGAAUUUUAUAAAAUUGUUAAAAUUAAUGGUAUACAUGAGAAAGAUAAAUUAAAGGAAUUAAUAAAAGAGGGAAUGAUAAAUAUUUAAGGUGUAUUAAAAAAUAUAUUAAUUUUAAUAUGUGAUUAAAAUAUUGAAAACAAAAGAAAAUAAAAUAAAGAGUUAGAGUUAAGCUAGAUUUUUCAAAACAAAAGAAAAUAAAUAACACACUUGGCCAACAUAAGAAAAAAAAAGUUAUAUUGAAAUUUCCUAAACAUAUAUUUUUUAUAUGUUGAUAUUAUUAUAUUCUUUACUACAAUUCAAUUUUUGAGCUCAAAUUCUCUUUUCAAAAGUUUUUGGUGCUUAAGAGUAUUGUUAUUUAUUAAAUAAAAAUUCAUGCAAGCUAGACUUGGAAGAUUCACAAAAUCAAGACAUAACUCAAGGUUCAACUAACAAUUUAAUAUUAAGUCAACAUUUGCUUCAUAACAUAAAGAUAUAUAUAAUUAUCACUUUGACGAAUAUUAAAGUUAUAAAGAUAAACUUGUUUAUUAUGGAAUCUUUAUACAAUACUAGUAUAGUAGUUAGGUAGCGUUUUCACCUCUACCAAUGCCAACCAGCACAUUCUUGAAGAGUAAUAAGGAAUAGAGAAAAAGAAUUAGUGUUGAAAAUUUGUAGUGGAACUGAGAAACACAGAAAAUGGGAGAUACUAAAACUAUUCAUAUUCCUCGAGUGAAGCUUGGAAGCCAAGGCCUUGAAGUCUCUAAACUGGGAUAUGGAUGCAUGGGCCUAAGUGGAAUAUACAAUGAUGCUGUUCCAGAAGAUGUUGCUAUAUCUUUGAUCAAACAUUGUUUCACCAAAGGAGUCACUUUCUUCGAUACAUCAGAUGUUUAUGGACCGCAUGUUAAUGAAGUUUUGGUCGGAAAGGCACUAAAGGAUUUUCCAAGAGAUCAAAUUCAGAUUGCUACAAAAUUUGGGAUUGUUAAAAUGGAAUCUGAUAAAGUUUUUGUAAACGGAAGUCCUGAGUAUGUUCGAUCUUGUUGUGAGGGUAGUCUUCAACGUCUUGGGGUGGAGUACAUAGAUCUGUAUUAUCAGCACCGUGUUGAUACCGCGGUUCCCAUUGAGGAUACUAUGGGAGAGUUGAAAAAGCUGGUUGAAGAGGGAAAGAUUAAGUAUGUAGGAUUAUCUGAGGCUAGUGCUGAUACAAUCCGAAGGGCACAUGCUGUUCAUCCUAUUACUGCUGUUCAAAUGGAAUGGUCCCUUUGGACUCGUGAGAUUGAGCCGGAUAUUGUACCCCUUUGCAGGGAACUUGGUAUUGGAUUAGUACCAUACAGUCCCCUUGGCCGUGGAUUUUUCGGAGGCAGGGUUAUCACGGAAAGUCUACCAGCAAACAGUCUUUUGACAAUGGAACCAAGGUUACAAGGACAGAAUUUGGACAAGAACAAGGUGUUUUAUUUUCGGAUGGAAAAGUUGGCAGAGAAUCACGGAUGUACAUCUUCACAACUUGCUCUCGCGUGGAUUCUUCAUCAAGGAGACGAUGUAGUGCCAAUCCCGGGAACAACCAAGAUAAAAAAUCUUGAAAGUAAUAUCGGUUCGUUUAAAGUGAAACUCAACGAAGAUGAUUUGAAGGAGAUUGAAGAAGCUGUGCCAAUAUCAGAGGUGGCAGGGAAUCGAACAACCGAUGCUUUUGUUCAAUGUUCAUGGAAGUUUGCUAAUACUCCAACAAAAGCAUAACUUGAUGCCUGUUUUGCAUAUCAGUCUGUUGAGAUUCAAGUUUUUAGUUGUGAGAUAUUGGAUCGAACUCUAGUAUUGUCGAAGGGUAGUUUUUUGGUUCGACAGUUCGACAGAGUUAAGCAUGAAGUCGAAGGAUUGUUCACAUGCUGGUGUCGAAUUGUGUAUGCUGUAGUCGAAGAUGGGUCUAGCAUGCAGAUGUCGAAGAUGCUAGGGUUGUUAGCAUGUUAAAUUAGGUUUUAGUGUUUAAACCCUAAUUUGUUAAGUUAGCUUGUUUAUUAAGUUGGCUUGUGUAAUGGGUCUUGCUGAAAAAGCCCAUUAGUUAGUAUGUUAGGUUUUAUUAUAAAUAGCAUACUAGUCUCUCAUCAUUGCUAAGCUGCAAAUCCUAAUUUAGGGUGA